AACGUCAUUCACGCACUCUAGCUGUAACAUUCAAAAGCAAAAAGUAUACUUGGUUGUCAGCUGUGGCCAAGAUGUUUAUAGAUGAGCGGAUUGUAACACUCUUUAAACGAAACGCCCAUCACACGCUGACUUACUGGAGUGUUUUCUUCAGCUUUGGACUCUGCAUUGCUUUCCUUGGACCUACAAUUUUGGACUUGCAAUGUCAAACAAACUCAACACUUAGUCAGAUUACCUGGGUGUUCUUUGCUCAGCAGUUCUGCUUGAUGAUUGGGAGCUCUGUUGGUGGCGUUUUCAAGAGAACGUUAUUCAGUGCUCUAGCUGCCCUAUUUGUCUCCGCUCUUCUCAUCUCUGUAAUAUUUGCCAUCAUCCCUGUGUGCAAUAAUGUCCUCAUACUGGCCAUCGCCAUGGGUGUGUCUGGUUUGGCAAUGGGAAUUAUUGACACCAUUGCUAACAUUCAACUGGUGACCAUCUAUCAGAAGGAUUCAGCUAUUUUCUUACAGGCUCUGCACUUCUUCAUCGGGUUUGGUGCCCUGGUGAGCCCACUGAUUGCAGAUCCUUUCCUCUCUGAGACAGGCUGUGGGAAUCAUACGGGGAACGGGACCGAGAUCAUGCAUCAUUUCAGGAGCAUGCUGAGAUACAGUCCGAUUGUAGAGCACAACAUAACUCAGAGCCACGUGCCUCAUGAUGGAGGGGAGAAAGAGGAGUCAAUUGUGCAGUACGCUUUCUGGAUCAUGGCGCUAAUUAAUCUGCCUGUGCCCGUUGCUGUGCUGUUUCUCAUGUAUCGGGAGCAGUUACUCCCAUGUUGCCCUGGCAGCACCCCACGCCUUUUAGACAAGGAUGAAUUAGCAAUGGAGACCCAGCAGGGGGCUGAGGGCCCAGACUUGGAGCAGAAGGAAGAUGAAGCUGGAGGUCAUGGGAGUAUCUUCAGCUGCUGUCAGAAUGAUAACCUGCGUGGACUGCCAGCAUCCUUCAUUAUGAUUCAUAUCCUUGGAGGGAUGGUGCUCUUUAUGACCGAUGGCAUUGUGGGAGCAUAUGCCGGCUUUGUGUAUACCUACGCUGUGGCCCCACCGAUGUCGCUGCCAAACAAGACAGCAGGUUACCUGGCUAGUAUUUUUUGGGCAGCGAUCACUGCUGGACGCCUCUUGUCCAUUCCUCUCUCAUAUCGUUUCCAACCUGUGAGAAUACUCAUGUUUAACCUGGCAGGAGUUAUUGUUACGGUGUUGAUGUUGCUUAUUUUCCACACCAGCAGCAUCUUUCUGUUUGUAGGAACCUGUUUAUGUGGACUUUUUCUGAGCAGCAUAUUUCCCUAUAUGCUUGCCUAUACUGAGGACAUCCUUGAUUACCAGGGAUGUGCAACCUCGGUCCUGGUAACAAGUGCAGGGAUGGGAGAGAUGGUGAUGCAGGUUCUAGUUGGCUCUAUCAUUCAGACUGAAGGAAGCUACAGUUUCCUACUAUGCGGAAUAAUAAUCGCCUGCAUCGGUUUUAUCUUCUUCAUUGGUCUCUUGCUGUUCCAUCAAAUGCACAGAAAUUACCUCACAGGGACAUCAAAUAAGUCAGCAAUAGAAGUGGAAGAAGUGGAACCAGCAGCAGACCAGAAUGGGUCGGCCAAAACAGAACAAACAGAGAACGAUCACACGGUCACAAUUUCAUAGUUCAGCUUUAAUAAUGUUGUUCUGUUUUUAUAGAGGUGUUUAACUUUCAUGGCUUGACUGUUGGAAAUAUUCCAUACAAAGCAUUAUUAAUAAUCAAAAGGACAGCAAAAGAUUUUAAAUGUGGAGCCGUGUCAAAAGGUUAUAAGCAGUUAGUAUCUUACCUGGGGCAGUUUAAUCUCAUACCAUCUUUAUUUUUGUAGAGCCCAGAAGUGGAAGCAAAGAGUUAGUCAGAAAUGGACCAAGACCAAAGUGGAUUUUAAUUGUCUUAAAGAAACUCCAAUCUCCAAAACAUCACAGUGGUUUAUGCAAACGCUAUUGGUCUCAGCCCAUCUCGAACUAGCUGCUAGUUUCAGCCUCUGGAACCAACCAAUCUGGAAUUAUACUAAAUAAAGACCACUGCGGGUAAUACACAACCUGCUUAUAACCUUUUACAGGAACUUAACUUCCAAAGAUCUGGAGAAUCCGUUUAACAUUUUUGUAUUUUGUUUCUUUUUUGCACAGUUUGCCACAUGUUUAUAAGAGUAAUACAGAAUUCUUGUAAUAAAGUUAAAUAAGAUAUAUGCUUGCUUUCUUUGCUUUAAAGAUAAUCUAUUUGCAAAUGCAGCAUGCUUUUUAUUUAUUUAUCUGACAUGCAAAGAGAGGAACGUAGUGCUUAGAUAUUGUGCAGUUAAUAAAAUGCCAAACUGGAUCAUCUAGCCUUUUAAACAUUUAACAGUGACACACAACAGCAAUCAUAGGCUAGGGAUUUGACAUCAUUUCUUGAAAAUGCGUGCAGUAAGAGGAAACAUUAGCCUUCAAAUCAAAAUUGGAAGACAAAAUGAGUUCGAGAACCUAUUAAGACACCAAACAUUUUAUGAUAAACAUGUUUCACAUCCCUAAUCACGCUGAAAGAAGGAAGGUGAUGUGUCACGAGGAGCAAUUUGCAAUCGGUUUCAAUGUCCUCCCACGAUAUAUGGAGAAUUUACCAAAUCAAAGCUUCCUGUAUUGCAUAGAGAGCCAGAAAGCAUAAGUAAAGUUGUUAAAUCCUCCAAACCAAGUCAGUCUAUUUUUGAUAGGCUCUUGUGAAAAAUUAUAGAAAUAAAAGAAAUAUCAGAAAUGAAUCUAUGAAAAUUAGUAGGAAAAACACACUGACAACACAGUUUUAUAUGUAGCUGCUAAAAACUGUAUUAGCACAACAGUACUGGUGUUUGGAGCAUGUUGCAGCAGGUUUUAUUAAAAACAAAACUGUGUCAGAUUUGUUUUUCUCUCUAUGGCCGGAUCUUUUAAUAGCAGUAAUAAUUUGAAUCUACACAUCUAAGGUUCUGGGUUCUUCUGUGACUUCCUGGAUGAGUUAUUGAUGCACUUUUAUUGUAAUUUUGGUAGACAGAUGACUCCUGGUGACUCACUUUUCCAGUUUUUUCUCCAUUUCUGGAAGCUGUGAAGCGUUGACAAAAAAUAAAAUGAUACUUUUCAACCCAGAAUGUACUGUAUAUGGAAAAUAUAGAGCACACGAAAGUGUUAAUGAAACAGCCGAAUACAUUAAACUUAACAUUAUGUGGUUUUAUAAGUUUUUUAAGACAGCUGUUUGAAAACCUUUGGACUAAGCAAACAACAAAAGCAUGUAAUGAGUAUUUAACAAGUUAAGAAGUCAGAACAAAGCUAAAACAGAAAUUAUUUUAUUUUUCGGUUUACAAGAGAAGUCUUGAUCAUAGCCUAAUUUGAUUAAUCUCAACAGGCAGACCCUUGGGAAAUCCCAAAAGCACAAAGUUCAGAAGGUCAUAAAAAAAUCGGCACAGCGCUGGUGGUGUAGGUGGUUGGGUGUGCGAACCAUAUACGGAGGCCUUAGUCCUCGAUGUGGCUGUCCCGGGCUUCAUUCCCAUUUCCUGUCAAUCUACUGUCAAAGAAUACUGGAAAAAGUGCCGCAAAAAAAAAAUCUUAAAAAAAAAAGUCAUACAAAAAUCAUCCAAAGAAACCACUGAGGUUCUUCUGCUAAAUUAAACACUAAUAUAAAAUGAAAGAGGUAUGAAGAUACAACAGUACAUGGCUCCAAACAAACCCAUCAACACAAACAGAAUCACAGCCCUAUGCAAAUAAUCUCUAGCAACAAACAGAUUCUUAUGAACUAAUUUAUUACACAAUCAGAAGGAAUAAGAGGAAGACUUGAGUUUCCAUCAUACCUCACUGCAGCCAAACCCUGAGAAAAUGUUUUGCCUGGUAAUUUUUUCAGUUCUCAAACAGACUAACAAUUAAUUCUAAGAUGUCUGAGUGUUUGAUAUUGUGCAUAUUUGUGUCUUUUGCAGUUCCUCUUCUCUGUCUUUUGUUGCUAAUGAAGGAUAAAGUGGACUUGGUUGAUCUGCUGGCUCCAGAGAAAGUAACAGCAACACACAGUGGGUUGGUGAAAGUUUCCUGUCAGUAUGACCUUCAGUUCAAGGAAAACACUAAGUACUGGUGCAAAGGACCAGUUUAUGAACUGUGUACAGUAGUGGUGAAAACACCCAAAACCAGACCCAGCAAGAGAUGCUUUAUUGCUGAUGAUAGGGAAGCAGGAGUCUUCACCGUAACUAUGACUUCGCUCAGGGAGAGUGAUGAAGAUAAGUACUGGUGUGUAAUAUCCAGAUCUGGAAGAAACAUCUACAAAGGUGUCAGGCUUCUCAUCACUCAAAAAGGGAAACUUGAAUCAACUCAGAUGUUCCUAUUGUAAUAUACAGUGAAACAAUGAACAAUGAAACUGAAACACCUGUCAUUUUAGUGU